AUGGCGCCUUCUCAGAACGACCCUAAGGUGGAGCUCUAUCCACUUGGCGACUUUGCGUUGCAGUCUGGGGAGGUCUUGGCCGAUGCACACCUGGCUUACCGCACGUAUGGCGAUCCUUCGCUGCCUGCCAUAGUCUAUCCGACGUGGUACAGUGGCACGAUCACGGCGGGCAACGAGUGGCUAAUUGACACAGAGGAUCACCCGCGGAAAGCGCUGAAACCGUCUCAGUUCUUCAUCGUCGUCCCUGCGCUGUUUGGCAAUGGCGAGUCCACCUCGCCCUCCAAUGCGGGUCCUGACAUGCCCAAGACGACAUUCUACGACAACGUGCGCGCCCAGCAUCUUCUGCUGACAGAGAAGUUCAAGAAGAAAACGGUCAUCGUGCUUGGGUGGAGCAUGGGUGCCGCCCAGGCCUUCCAGUGGGCGAGCCAGUAUCCAGACAUGGUCCGACUGGCGGUCCCCUUCUGUGGCUCCGCUCGUACAUCACCUCACAAUUGGGUCUUCCUUGAGGCCGUGAAAGGUGCAGUCACGACAGACACGGUCGGAUACGCAGACGGUCGGUAUAUGGAAGUCCAUGGCUGCCAGCCCUUGGCUGGCCUCCGUGCUCUCGGGCGUGUAUACGCUGGAUGGGGAUUUAGUCAGACUUUCUAUCGAAACGACGGCUUCAAAAAGCACUUUGGAAUUGACGGGCUCGAGAACGUCAUGGUGCACUUCUGGGAGGCCUGGUCGACAAGCAAGGAUGCGAACAACAUGCUGCACAUGCUGUGGACAUGGCAACACGGAGACAUCGGCGCUCAGCCUCUGUAUGCGGGAGACAGCAAGCGAGACGUGCCAGUCACGGAAGGAGGACGGCUGGGUGUCCGAGGCGAGGGCAUGUCAGGCCUUGAUGACCGGGACGAAGCAGCGUUCAAGCGCGCACUCUCCGGAAUCAAGUGUCCAGUCCUCGUCAUGCCGUGCUCUCAAGAUCUCUACUUCCCGCCCGAAGACAGCCUUCUCGAGGUCAAGGCAAUCGAACGAGCUGCAUUCUGCCCCAUUGAGAGCGAAUGGGGUCAUUGGGCGGGCGGGCCUGGAGACAGUAUCGACGACGCACAAUUCGUCGACGAAAAGAUCUUCGCAUUCUUCCAGGAAAAUGGUCUUGUAAACAGUUGAUGGGUCAUAGCGAUUGUCUCUUCUAGCAUGUUUGCGAAUGGUCGAUCGAAUGCAAAUCUUUGGAUGCGUGUCUGC